UAUGAAAUACAUUAUUUUGCUUGCUCUGUUAUUCAAUUUGAAUCAUUGUAUAAGCUUCUAUGCCAAAGAAGGAGUUGAAAAGUGCUUCUCAGAUGAAGUACCUAGUCAAACUGUAAAUCUAGAUUAUUCAUUUUUAGAUAGUAGUGAUAUAUCAUGAAUUGAUGUCAGAAGGUGUGGCCAAAAAUGAAAAAAGAGGUAUUAAUUCAUUUAACACAUAGACAUUCCAAAAAUGAUUAAAGAUGGAAUCACUCUUAAUGUCUAUGGCCCUGAUGGCAAUAUAGUGAAAACUGCUAAAACUGCAGAAGGAAAGAACAAAUUGUCAUUCACAGCCAAAACAAGUAAUUAUGUAAGUAUUACUUUUAGUGGGCAGAUAUAAGUUCUGUGUAAUAAAAUCCAAGUAAUUUUGGAGUGUCAAUGAGUAUAAAUACUCUAUUAAAAUAUAACAAGGAGUUGAUCACAAUCUCCAAGAUGCAGCUAACAAAACUCAUGUUGAAUCAAUCAAAGGUAUCACACAUCUUUUAAAAUUAAUUAUAUAGAUAGAAUCUCAGCCUUAAAAAACAGAACUGAUGAUUUCAUUUCUCUUUAAUAAUUGAACAGAGAAUAAGAAGAUAAAUUAACAACUCAAUCCAUCGACAUCAGCAGAAGAGUCACUUAGACUACCAUUUUAUAAAUUGUUGUUCUUCUAGCAUCUGGGGUUUAUUAGAUUUGGAGUCUCAAGAAAUUCUUUAAGUAGAGAUUCUUGAUGUGAU